AUGGAUGAUGAGAACGUUGCGUUGUCUAAGGCUUGGGUGUCUGUUUGUGAUGAUCCCCUCGUUUCGAACAAUCAGAGGAUCGUCAACAUGUGGGCUAAAAUUGCAGCAGCCUACAAGAGGAAUUGCCCGCAUAGGAAGACAUACACCGGGGAGGAGUGCUGGAAGGGGUGGGAGCGAAUCAGGGCUGCGGUCUCCCGAUUUGCGGGCUUGUACACCAACAUCCUCCGCAUGAAGACCAGUGGCCAGACUGACGAGGAUUGCAGGAGGAUAGCGGAGAAAGCCUUCCCCGUGUCGGGCCUGUAUAUGGAAUUCACCUACUGGAACUACUAUCUGGUGCUGAUGGAUUCCGAGAAGUUCCGAGCGGGUGUCGAUGCUGGCUGGCCGAAGAAGCAGCGGCUAAACUAUGCCGGUGAUUACAGCGGCAGCAGCGGCGGUUCCCACGAACUCCCCGAGGAUGUUCCAGAGGAGCCGUCCCCUCCAUCCUUCGCUCGCCGCACUCGCCCGAUUGGUCAGAGGAGAGUGCAAUGGGCAGCGAGGGGAGUCGCCCAGAGGUCCCAGGAGGUCCAGUUGGCAUCCCCCAUGUUGGCAAGUCGGCAGCCGAGCUCGCCUUCUAUUGCUGAUGAUGUUGCUAGCCUGCGGCUAGCCUAUUGCAUGUCCAGUUGCUUGUCCUGA